AUGCGGAGAGAAGAAAAAGAAUUUGGUGGUACACCAGGUGCUAUUGGUUUAAUCAUAUUUUCCCAUUUUGUACCAUUUUAUCUUGCACUAUCACUUCAAUAUAGUUCAGGUGGACUAUAUUUUCCAUCAUCCUUUGAUACUUUAAUUCAGAAUUUCAAAGAAACAUGUUUACCAACAUGGUCAGCAUUUUUUCUGUACACAGGAUUUUGUCUUUUACAGCUUAUAUUUGCUGCUAUUUUACCUGGCCCUGAAGUUAAAGGUUUACCAGUACCAACUGAAAAUAAUCGACAAUAUACAUAUAAAUGUAAUGCAUUAGCUAGUUGGUAUGCAACAUUAUUACUUGUUGCGAUACUUCAUCUAACGGGUAUAAUACGUUUAACCAUAUUAGCUGAUCAAUUUGGUUCAGUUCUUUGUGUUGCUGUGAUAUGCUCGGACAUUAUAUCAGUAAUUAUUCAUUUUUAUGCUAUUCAAACAAAACAAACAUGUCGUAUGACACAUUCACCUAUUUAUGAUUUUUUUAUGGGUGUUUGGUUAAAUCCACGUAUUAAAAUUUUAGGACAAGAUGUCGAUUUGAAAAUGUUAGCUGAGGUACGUUUAUCAUGGCUUCUAUUAUUUCUUUUAAUUAUUCCUGCGGCAUUGAAACAAUAUGAAGCAUUUCAUACAAUCUCAUGGCCAAUGAUAUUUAUCUUAACAGCUCAAUUACUCUAUAUAAAUGCUUGUAUGAAAGGUGAUGAAUGUAUUCCAACAACAUGGGAUAUAUUUUAUGAAAAAUGGGGUUGGAUGUUAAUCUACUGGAAUUUAGCUGGUGUUCCAUUUGUAUAUGCAUUUCAUGCUUAUUAUAUUCUUGUUAAUUCUUUGCGAACACAUAAACCAGUUGAAGGCACGUCGACAACAUUUAUUAUUAUUUUAUUUAUUGUACUUUUUCUUGCUUAUUACAUAUGGGAUUCUUCUUUAUCGCAAAAGAUUCGUUUUCGUAUGCAAGAACAAGGAACAUAUAUAUCAAGAAAUGCAUUUCCACAAGUUCCAUGGAAUGUUAUAAAAAAUCCAAAAUAUUUAAAAACAGAAUGUGGAUCAUCCUUAUUAGUCGAUGGCUAUUUUAAGUAUUGUCGUAAACCUCAAUAUACAGCUGAUAUAUGUAUGGCUUUAUGUUGGGCAUUAUCUUGUUAUCAAUGGGCAGGUAUUUUACCUUAUUUUUAUCCUAGUUUUUUUAUAGGUAUGAUUGUUCAUCGUUAUACACGUGAUAUGGCUCGAUGUGCAGCUAAAUAUGGUGAAGAUUGGAAAAUUUACUGUACUAAAGUACCAUAUGCAUUUUUUCCUGGACUUAUCUGA